AUGGCGGGUCCCGCCGCCCGGCCCCUCCGCGGCAAGUCCUUCUACCUCGACGUGCCGAGCGGCCCGAGCGCCCGGCAGCUGGCGGCGGUCAUCGGCCGCCUGGGCGGGGUGACUGAAAACUUCCUAAGCAAAGAAGUCACCUACGUGGUAUCCAGCAACAGAGAAGCCAAAGGAGGCAAAGGCAGAGCUUGGGCUGAGAGGCGGAGCAGCACAAGUGCCAAAGAUGCCAAAGCCACAGGCCCAGUGCCUUCUGCCUCCAAAGGGACCCAGACCAGACCUCACCAGAAGCCACCAGACGCUGUGCUGAUCAGCAGGGGAAAGGAGCUGCUGCAGAAGGCCAUGAAGAAUCAGGACACCUGCAGUGGCAGCAGCAUCCUGGCCAACGCUCGCCUGUGGGGAGUCCAGAUCUUGCACGUGGAUGAAAUGCUGUCGUACACCCAGCAGCUGCUGCACGCCGUCCCGGCCGGGAGCAAGCGGAGCCAGGAGUCUGAGGUGAAGUGCCCUGCCUCCAGAUCGAAGACUCACAAAGGAAAAUUGAAGCCCCCUUUCCUGAAGGUUGAAGACCAGAGCAGGCAGUUCAGACCCUUCCAUCACCAGUUCAAAAGCUUUCCCAACAUCAACUUUCUGGCACCCAAAAGCUCCAGCCCAUUUGAGCCUCUGAAAAGCUUCUCCAACUCCUGCAGAGCCAGGGGAGUGGAGGGCUCUCCAGGGCGCAGUGCAGGGGAGAAGAGCCCCCGCUCCACACCAGUCACUGUGCCGAGGAGAAGAAGGGGGUUCUGUGAGUGCUGCCAGGAGACCUUCGAGGAGCUACAGAAGCACCUGCGGAGCCCCGGCCACGAGCGCUUCGCGCGGGACGCCUCGCACUACGCGGCCCUGGACCGCCUCAUCGCCCAGCUCCUGCCCAGGUGAGUCCCUGCCCAGCUGCUGGUGCCUGGGUCCUGCCUGACGGCCGAACGCGCGGCGCCUCACACGCCCGUCGCUGGCGGAACCCAGAUGCUGACAGCACAGCUGAGAUGGGACAGGGAGCAGCCUGAGCCGGGGGCUGUGGAGCUGGGAACUGCCACGGAGCACCAUCGUGGCCUGAAGACUGAGAGCUGUUCCCCUUGCCUGCCCAGGGACAGGGUCAGUAACCCCAGAGGAGGAGGGGGGGUGUCCAAGGACUGCUCAGGGGGGCUGCCCGCUGGAGGGGCCUGUGCUGCCCGUGACCCUCCAGAGGGAUCUGCCCCUGGGGGGCUGGAUGGGAGCUCAGCCCCUGGCCUGGGCUGGGGGACUCACAGAGCCACUGCUCACAGACCAGAGGCAACUGCUGCUUCAUCUGAACCUCUCAGACAGCAAGUGCCUGGGGCUAUCUGCCAUCUCCCACCAGCACUGCCCACCUCCAGGAAACGCCGGCUCUCCUCCAGACGUGGCACCCCGGGGAAGAGGCCCCGGCUGGAGCUGGCUGGGGGUGGCUUCUCUGCAUGUGGGCAGAGGACUGUGGUGGAGGGGGAGCUGGGGGGCUGGGGGGCAGGACAGAUGCCUGAGCCAGGCUGUCCCAGGGUGCUGGGGGCAGGCAACGUGCCCUCGAGCACACAGCUCUCUAACACACCUCACGGCUGCCUUGGCUCGGGCUGGUACCCGUGUGGGAGACCUGGGCACCCUGUGUCAGGGCCAGGUUCCCUUCAGGCCGUGUCUGGGGCUGUUGGUCCUGCAGAGCCUGCUGCAGCCCACGAGUGUGGCCAGGGCAGAGUGAGCCCUGGUGCCCAGAGGAAGCAUCUUGGAAGGGAGAGUAGGAACGCACCCAGAAAUGAGAAUAGUGGUGAUGUGGAGAGCACAGGGAGUGUGAGCAGCUGUGCUGCUGGCUGGGUGCACCCUCCUGCCCUGCCUGGGGCUGGAGACAGAUGUUGCCGCUCGCUCUGUGUCAGAGCAGCAGAGAAAUCAGCCCCCAAAGCCCCUGAGGGGCCCGAGUGGGUGCAGGGCCCUGGGCAGCCCCUGCCUCUGCUCCCUCACCCUCAGCCCCCUCACACCCACAGCACAAGCUCUGCCGAGUCAGGCCGGAGUGUGCAGCUGCUCCCUGCAGCCACGGGCCCCCAGGACAGCAGGGCUGGGGACAGGGACCUGCUGCAGAGGACACACACCAAGGUGAGGGACAGUGGGUACGAGUCCCAGCUCUGCUCAGCCCUGGCACAGCAGCCCGAGCUGCCCUGGGUGGGCAGGGAGGACAGGACCUGCCGGGGCUGCUGCACGGAUGCAGCUGCAGCCUCCUUCCCUGUGUUUGAGGCCUUUUUUUGGCAGCUGGACUAG